AGUACCAAUUUAUGAAUCGCGAAUUUUAAGUCUGUUCCGCUGCACUUCCCUCAAAAACAAACACGAAUAGAAUGAAAUAUGAAGAGGAAGGCGACGUCCAAGUCCACAAGUGCAUGUUCUCCGACAACACCUCCGUCGACGGAAGGCCUGCUAGUGAAAGGGCGGCCUAAACACCCUGAAGAUUCUUUUCAUUGGAUGUGGUCUUAUCCAAAAAGAGCACUGUUGACGAGAUUCAGUGUCGAAACAACGCGGAAUAAAUUCAAUGAAUCUGCCCUGCCAACAAAAGUGAAGUUGUUCACUCGUCACCCUGACCCUGAUGGAGAAGGACCAGUUCGCUGCACAUCCUUCUGUGAAGAUGCUACAAACCAAUUAGCUGACUUAACAGAGACACAAUUUAAGGCUGCAGUAAAAGAGGCAUGUGGAGAUGCAUUCAAUACUGAGUUGUCCCUUGAUAGUGAUCCAGAUUGGGACAAAGCGUUCGGCAUUAUCGAAGCACAAGAUUACACCUUUUCCAAACAAGGAACAUGGGCAACAACAAAACCUGUAUUGCCACCUGGCGGUAACGAUGGGAUACACAAUGACCUGUACAUUAUGGCUCAGAGCCUGGAGCGUGCGUUAGUUACCAUGAUGAGUAAUGGAGAAGCCAAGAAGUUCAUUGAGAAAAUGCUGAAUAGCAUUCAAAUUCAUGAAGGAAUCACUGAUAGUGUAGUGACGCAUGAGAGUCCAGUGAAUUAUUCAUACACAAAUGGUAGAGUCCAGUUUGUUGAACCCGAUGAUGUUGACACAUGGGAAAAUGAUGAGGUUUCUGUCGUUAGCGUGCAGCGCCGCAGGACAUCAGCAGCAUGGUCCUCGAUUGAUUCUGAGGAUCCAUCCGUUUGUCCUUCAGAAAUUCAUGGAAUUGUUCCCGAUCAUAUCUGGUAUUUGCAUCACUAUCCAGGCUUUUUCAUUCUUAAUGUAGAGUGCAAGCAAGUUGCUGAUUAUAGCUCUAGGAUUCAGUGCAUUCAUCAAAUGUUAACACAGAUGCAUUUUCAAAAUUCUUCUUUUGGUCUUUUGAUUUCUAAAAAGGGUUGGCAUCUAAUCCUUAUAAGGAAACAUGAUGACAUAUUCUCGGUAUAUCAAAUGAGUAGUUCCCUUAUUAGUUUGGAAAAUUUACACUUCAAUGUACAGAGUUUGAAGUCAUUGUGCUGCUGGUUAUAUAGAAUCAUGAAUUUCAGACUGAAAUGUUUUGCAGGCUAGAUAUAAAUGCAGCAAGAUCGAAAUAGGUAAAGGGCCAUUUCAUGGUAUUUCUGAAGUGGUGUUGAAAAUAAAAAGGGUCGAAUCUCAACAAAAAACAUUUGGAUGUGGACAUUUGGCUGGAUCUUGAUUGAUAUUGUUGAGUUCUUCAAUUCAGAUACUCACGAGCAGGAUAACCGUUCAGGAUUUAACCGCGAAGUUACUAUUUAUAGCUCACAAGGUCAUUUGCAUAAGAUAUUGAUGACGUUUUAGUCACGUGACAGUCGGACAUCGACACUUAUUUCUACGCAUUUGAGCUUAUUUCAAAGUCAAUUAUCUUUGACCCUGCAUUGUUUUUAGUAUGAAUGAUACCAUAGAGUCAGAGAGAGAAAUAUUCAGAACAAUUGUGUAGUAUUUCCAACACUCGGACAUGUGCCAGAUUGAAUCUAACUGCCCUAGUUAGAA